AUGCCCGCCAUCAACUCCAUUGUCGCCCGCGAUGCUGUUCACCAGCUCGCCAAGCGCGAGAACUGGGCCUCUCAGGAGGCCGGUGUCAUCGUCGUCUUCUGCAUCGUCUUCAUCGUCGCUUGCGGUAUUGCCGGCCUCAUGAUCUCCCGCUGCAUCUCCAGGCGCAAGGCCGCAAAGGCUGCCGCUUAA